GCACACAGGCGCCGCGACCAACACAGAGUCACUCUCAGUCAGCUAUACAACCUCCUCUACUGCACUCACGCGCAGAAAAAAAACUAACGCGAUCAAUCGAUCUUUUUUCAAAUCGGAAAAGAACGUCGGCUUCUAUUCUCUACGGCAAUAGUGCUGGCCGGUGUCGCCCGCGCUCAGUCUGAUAAAAAUAAUACCAUUUAUUUCCGAUCACAAUAUUUAUGACACGAUAAUUAAUUAAACUUGUCAUUUUAAUUAUGCAAAUACAAAUGGGUGAUAAUCAAUUUAAAUUAUGUGUUACGAUCUCGCUUGUUUAAUUUAAUGUAAACAGAUAUAAAUCAGUUUGUGGCGUUUUUACGGUGUUCGCGUUUUCAAGAUUAGAGCUUUUAUUUGAAAGGAUUUUGUAAAUAGUGUUGCCAUAGUAACGGUGAUGUUGAUAAUGUUGUAAUCUGUGCUCGUGCCGUGUUCAUGGAGAUAUACGAUCAUACCAUAAUGGAGCGGCACCAAAAUGGUAUGGAUGUGUGGGUAGGCCAAGGCCGCGUGAACCAGCUCGGCGGGCUCUUCAUCAACGGGCGGCCUCUGCCGAACCACAUCCGGCUGAAGAUCGUGGAGAUGGCAGCGGCGGGCGUGCGGCCCUGCGUCAUCUCGCGCCAGCUGCGCGUCUCGCACGGCUGCGUCUCCAAGAUACUCAACAGAUAUCAGGAGACCGGGUCUAUCCGGCCGGGCGUGAUCGGCGGCUCCAAGCCGCGCGUGGCCACGCCCGAGGUGGAGACCCGGAUCGAGGAGCUCAAGCGGUUGAACCCGGGCAUCUUCUCGUGGGAGAUCCGGGAGAAACUUAUUAAGGAGGGCGUGUCGGACCCGCCGAGCAUCUCGUCCAUCUCGCGGCUGCUGCGCGGCGGCGCCCGGGACGUCGACGGGAAGAAGGACUACAGCAUCGACGGCAUAUUGGGAGGUCGAGGGUCGGACUCGUCGGACAUAGAGUCGGAGCCGGGUCUGACGCUGAAGAGGAAGCAGCGGCGCUCGCGGACGACCUUCACGGGGGAGCAGCUAGACGCCCUGGAGAGAGCCUUCCACCGCACGCAGUACCCCGACGUCUACACGCGCGAGGAGCUGGCGCAGCAGACUGGACUCACUGAGGCCAGGAUUCAGGUCUGGUUUUCCAAUCGGAGAGCGCGACUUCGGAAGCACUCCGGAUCAAGCUCCGGGUCGGGUCUCGCUAGCUACUCCUCGUUACCAAUGGGUCAGAUGCCGUGCCCAUACCCUGCUGCGGAGAUACCCAGUCUCUCCCAACACCAUCCACAACAUCCGGACUCUUGGCAUCAUCAGAAAUACGCGAAUUACAAUCAGCUGAUGGCACAGUCCCAGCAUCUAAACCAAGCGUUCCAAAACGCCACUGCCUUCCCAAGUACGUCAGGCACUACUUUCAGUCAUUUAGUUAGCUCAAACGGGUCCGCUCAUAGCCAAAUGUUGGAUGCAGCUAUCGCCUCAAGAAACGAAUAUGCGAGAUAUCCGAGCGAAAUUUACAGUAAGCCUGUCGGAUAUUUACCAAAAGAAGCUGAUGCAGAAGGCAAAUUGCCGGAUGAGACUAUCGAUCCUAGGGCAGAAGAUCCCUAUGUGAAGCCAACAACAGAAGAUUACAGCAAAGCGUUACCAAAUGAAUAUCCCAAAGUUCCUACUGACUAUUCAAAGGUGCCGGGUGAGCCUGCGCCGCCCAAUUGGAGUCCGACUCACAACUCCUUGAAUAUGAGUCUGGCAGGUCUCCCCAGUGAAUACAAAUAUAUGAACGACCACUACACGUUUCCGAAUAUAGCCGAUCCACUAACUCAACACAACUACCCAAACCCUCCGAAUGCUGCUAACAAAUACUGGAUUUGACAUUGUUUUAAAUUUAAGCUAGCUAAUAACUUUAGAGUAAUACUUCCACUUACUAUGUUGUUAAUUUUAUUUAAAUUAUAUUCUAGGGUAGGUAGGUAGUUAAAAUAGGCAAUAGAAGAGAAAAUGUUUACCUCUGUAUCACAUUCCUAUAUUAUUAUUAAGUAAAUAAGCUAUUCUAAAACCAAACAUUUGUAUAAAGUUAGACAAAGUCACUAAGUAGUAAAAUUAUUUUUAAAAGUAAACGCUUGUCUUUUAUUUACAAAAACAACUUAUUCAUAAUGCUCCAAUCUUUAUUCCAAUUUCCUAUUUAACAUUUAAGCAAUUUAAUAUACUAUACAAUAUACAUACAAUACUUUCAAUAAUUUAGUGGGUUAACUAAUAAA